AUGCGAUCAGUCAAAGCCGGCAUGUCAUCGCUGUCUCCGCCGUGGGCGAGAUUGCGUCUACAGCCGGGUACGGAAAGCUGGCCGGCCACCCAAAGUUCCAAAUAA